UAUCUCUGUUACUGCUAAUACGUGGCAUGGAUUUCAAGUUGUUUGGAUCGGAAUGUGCCCAAACUGUUGCAAGACCGGAUUCACAGGCAUUUUGUUGCAAAACUGGCUUGUUGCCUUCUGUUUUCUUUUUCUAUGUGCUAAGUAGCUGCAUUGUUUGUUGCAGUAUAUGCAUUAGCUGUUUGUGUUCAGUUUCCUGCAGGCUGACAAAGUGGGAGGGGCUUUCUUUGCUACAUGGCUGAGUUUUCACUGUGUGAGUUCUUGAGUGCACAUUGCAGCCAUCUUAAUUACACUUUUGUGCAACUGAGACUGUGCAGCUGUCUCAAAAUGGCUGCUAACCCAAUCUGUGAGGCUGCUUAGCAGCAACUAUGCAGUGAAGAGACUUGUCACAUGCACCAGGAGCUGAGAUUCAAAAUGGAUAGUAUAGAAGAACCUCAGAAGAAAGUCUUCAAGGCUCGAAAAACAAUGAGAGUGAGUGAUCGUCAGCAGCUCGAAGCAGUGUACAAAGUCAAAGAAGAGCUGCUGAAAACCGACGUGAAGCUUUUGAACGGGAACCAUGAAAACGGAGAUUUGGGGCCCACUUCACCUUUAGAAAGUGCAGAGUGUAGUCCAGAGAGAGAAGAAGUGAAUGGUAUCGAAGGGGUUUGUUCUGAGUCUGAAGAAAGUAAAACAGAAGUGAAAGAAACACCUUGUGUUUCCAGUGUUAGUGUGAAAAACAAGCAAGAAGAGGAUUCAAAUAGUGAGUCUUUGUCUCCUAGUGUAACUUCUGGGCUUGCUUCUACACUCACCACUGAACCAGCCUCUGGUAGCCCAGCCUCUGGAGACCUGACUGCAGGAGAGCUGCCUGCUGGAGUACCAGCCACUGGUGACUCUCCCUGUGAGGAGUCCCCCUCAAGUGAUCCCUCCUCCCGUGACCCCACCUCUGCAGAUACUACUUCUGAAGAACCUGCCUCUGAUGAUCUUGCCUCUGGUGGUUCCAUCUCUGGUGCACCACUGUCUGGUGCACCACUGUCUGGUGCACCACUGUCUGGUGAACCACUGUCUGGUGAACCACUGUCUGGUGAACCACUGUCUGGUGCACCAGCUUCAGAUGAACCAGUUUCAGAUGAACCAGUUGCUGGUGCAGUGGCAUCUUGUGAACUGGCCUCUGGGGAAGCCUCUUGUGAUGAUUGUGCUCCUUCUGGUGAUUUGCCUUCUGAUGACCUGCCUUCUCGUGACGAAUCCUCUGGUGGUCCUGCCUGUAGCAGACUGGCUCCCGGUGAGCUGGCUCCCGGUGAGCUGACUGCGGAAUCAGCCGCUGAUACUUUUAAAUCAAGUGCUGUGCCAGUUUGUGAGCCGAUUCCUGAAACUGACAAGGCAGAGCAGAGUAGCAGUAACAAUGAUGAUUGUUCAGAAAAAAAUGAAGACAAUGAGAACUUAGACCAAAUUCAAAGUAAAGACUCAUUCGAUGAGGAAGAUAAAACGAACAGUGAUGUUGGUGAGAAGGAAGAAACUCUAGAAACACAUAGUGCAAUUAUUUGUUCUGAUCUACCUCCAGAAAAUACGAAGACGGUAGAGGAAGAGCCCACUGCUGAGCUUGCUCUUGGAGAAGAGGCCAUCUCCAGCAGUAUGGAAGUUGACCAAAGUGAAAAAGAUGAUCGGGAAAGUCCUGCAGAAGUUGUAGAAGUUGUCAGUGAAAAUGCUUCAGAAGACAAGAAGGAGACUGCCUUAGACAACACAGACUCUAUGGAAACAGAUGAGAUCAUUCCUAUUCUGGAAAAACUUGCACCCGCUGAGGAUGAACUCACAUGCUUUUCAAAAACUUCUCUCCUUCAAGUUGAGACAAGUCAAGAUUUGGAAGAGAAAAUGGAGGGUUCUUUUGGCUCACCAUCAAAACAAGAAAGUAGUGAGAAUUUGCCAAAAGAAGCCUUCUUGGUCCUCUCUGAUGAAGAGGAUAUUUCAUGUGAAAAAGAGGAGUCCGAGUCCGAAGUUAUAUCACAAAAUAAGCCGAGCUCUCCAGAAGUGGGAAGGAGUGACAAGGACAGCAAAGCUGAGGAAGAGGAGCGAGCGCCCGAUGGGGAGCGGCCACCUGUGAGAAAUGAAGUUUCCAGACGGAAACGUUCUAAAUCAGAAGACAUGGACAGUGUGCAGUCCAAGCGUCGGCGCUACAUGGAAGAAGAAUACGAGGCAGAGUUCCAGGUCAAGAUUACAACCAAAGGAGAUGUUAACCAGAAGCUUCAAAAGGUCAUACAGUGGUUACUGGAAGAAAAAUUGUGUGCUCUACAGUGUGCUGUGUUUGAUAAGACUUUGGCAGAAUUGAAAACACGAGUGGAAAAGAUAGAAUGCAACAAAAGGCAUAAAGCAGUUCUUACUGAGCUACAGGCCAAGAUAGCCAGAUUAACCAAACGUUUUGGAGCAGCCAAAGACGAUCUUAAGAAAAGACAAGAAAGCCCUCCAAACCCACCUAUAUCACCAGGAAAGCCUGCCAGUGAUGUCAGCAGCAAUAACAAUGUGACCUACAGAAAUGCAGGCACAGUGCGACAGAUGCUGGAGUCCAAAAGAAAUGUUAGCGAGGGUCCACCACCAUCCUUUCAAACUCCUGUGAAUACAGUGUCUUCAGCCAGUCUCGUCACUCCUCCAGCAAUUGUCAGUAGUCAGCCUAAACUGCAGACUUCAGCCACCUCAGGUUCUCUGCCGGCAGCAUCUCUUCUUCCUGCUCCCAGCACAGCCACAGUAGUUGCCACCACUCAGGUGCCUAGUGGAAACCCUCAGCCUACAAUCUCGCUGCAGCCCUUGCCAGUGAUUCUGCAUGUUCCUGUUGCCGUAAGCUCUCAGCCUCAGCUCCUGCAAAGCCAUCCAGGGACUAUAAUGACGAAUCAACCAUCUGGCAGUGUUGAAUUCCUAUCCGUGCAAAGCCCACCAACAGUGAGUGGACUUACCAAAAACCCAGUACCCUUGCCACCCAUGCCAAACCCCACCAAACCAAACACUCCGUCAGUGCCCAGUCCUGGUGUUCAGAGGAACUCUUCCACCACUGCUGCACCCUUGGGGACCACCCUUGCUGUACAGGCCGUUCCAACUGCACACUCUAUUGUGCAAGCCACAAGGACUUCUUUACCCACAGUGGGCCCAUCAGGACUCUAUAGCUCAUCAAACAAUCGAGGCCCAAUACAGAUGAAAAUCCCAAUAUCUGCUUUUAGCACUUCAUCUUCUGCAGAACAAAAUAGCUCUGCCACCCCAAGAAGCGAAAACCAGACAAACAAAACAGUAGAUUCUUCUGUUAAUAAGAAAGUGGCAGAUAGCACAUCACAGAGUGGGAAAGCUUCUGGCAAUGAUUCAAGUGGUGUCAUUGACCUCACAAUGGAUGACGAAGAGAGUGGAACUACACAAGAUCCCAAAAGACUAAAUCAUCCUGCGCCAACCCUGAGCACUUCGCAGCCCAUGUCUCGACCGUUGCAGCCCAUUCAGCCGGCACCACCUGCUCAGCCGUCUGGGGUGCCGACCAGUGGGCCAUCUCAGACAACUAUCCACUUACUGCCUACAGCUCCAACCACCGUGAAUGUAACACAUCGUCCAGUAACUCAGGUGACCACAAGACUCCCUGUACCAAGAGCUCCUGCAAACCACCAGGUGGUUUAUACAACUGUCCAAGCACCACCAGCUCAGACUCCCCUCCGAGGAACUGUCAUGCAGGCCCCUGCUGUCCGCCAGGUCAAUCCUCAAAAUAGUGUUACAGUUCGAGUGCCUCAGACAACCACAUAUGUUGUAAACAACGGCCUGACCCUGGGAUCAGCAGGGCCUCAGCUCACGGUGCAUCAUCGGCCACCACAAGUGCAUACUGAGCCCCCACGUCCUAUGCAUCCAGCACCCUUACCGGAAGCCCCACAGCCACAGCGUCUGCCCCCGGAAGCUGCCAGCACUUCUCUGCCUCAGAAACCACACUUGAAGUUAGCUCGAGUUCAGAGUCAGAAUGGCAUUGUGCUGUCGUGGAGUGUCCUGGAAGUGGAUCGAAGUUGUGCCACUGUCGACAGCUACCAUCUCUAUGCUUACCACGAGGAACCCAGUGCCACUGUGCCCUCUCAGUGGAAAAAGAUCGGCGAAGUCAAAGCCCUUCCUUUGCCCAUGGCUUGCACCCUUACUCAGUUUGUGUCGGGCAGCAAGUACUACUUUGCAGUGCGCGCCAAGGACAUUUACGGCCGCUUUGGGCCUUUCUGUGACCCUCAGUCCACGGACGUGAUCUCUUCCUCCCAGAACAGCUAGACCUUGGAGCCUUUAGCUUCCUCUUUUCAAAGUUCCACAUUUUGGGCUUGUUUUUAAUCUUGUGCAUGAAAUUCAAUGUAAAAUCCACCUUGUGCAAGAUCUCUUGGACAGAUGAGUGUACACACUACGUUUGUUUAUAACUGAAGUAUAAUAAAUUCAGCCCAUAAAGCAAGUCUUCCCCUGAACAAGUUAAGCUUCGGGGAUUUGAAAUGUAAAUUGGUCUUUGCUUUAGUUAUGAGGCUGGGGAAUUUGUAUGGGUGUUUGUGUGUGUCGUCUUUGUUUCUUUUCUUGUUUUGUUUUACUUUUUAAAUUUCUAGUUGUGUGUUUAUCACAGUGCAAUCUCCCAUUUUCACUCUCAAUUUACCUCUCUUCUAGUAGGAAGUAAAUAGAUGAAAGACUCUGAGGUAUGUUGCUGGUGUGGUUCUGCCUUUAAGGGGGGAUCUAGGAGAUCAAAGAAUCUAAACAAAACCCAAAGAAAUGAAAAAGAAAAAUAUUUAGCAUAAAAUCGAUGAAUUUGAACAGAGGAUGCAUUCUCUCCAUGUUUUCUUUGAUUUCUUCUGAGUUGCUGAUUAGGUGAAAAUGUUGGACCUGCACCCCAAACUCCUAAUCUGGCUUCUGCAUUUGUGUUGUGCCUUACAAGCUACAGAAACACACAGACCAUAUGCCCACUGUUUAUCCCUCUUUCAACUUUCAUUUCUUCUUCUUCGCCACCAAGAAUACCAUACCCUCUACCAUUUGGAAACCAAGGUGUUGGAGCAUGUGUUUGCCUCAUCUUCUGUAACAUCACCAGAUUUAACUCUAAAAAUUUGACUUACUGUUUUCUUUUAAGGACAUACUUUUAUUUUUGCCCAUUAUUUAACUCUGCAUAUGCAUAAAAUAGGCCAUAUUGUUUAAGAAAAGUUUUCAUUAAACUUGUUUUGAUAUCCAUGUUGCAUUGUUAGAGAAUCUGAAGGAAGUUCUGGUUCAUCACAUCACUUGUGGGAAAGGGUUCUUUCCAAGGCAGUAAACGUUCACUUUCAUAAAAGAGCAGGGGGCUCACAGUCUCCUUCUUCUCUGAGGCCCUCCCUCCCUCCCUUUUGUCUUCCCUUGGUUGUGGUGGUGCCAGGUGGGUCCUGGUUUCAGCAGCGGUGGAUAGAACUUAGAAGCAGAUCCUGUUGGGUCUUUGCACAUAUUUCUUAGAUCCAAUCACUUCAGUAUUCCUCAUUCCUCUGCAAAGUUCACAGAUGCAGGCUCACCCUUGCAUUUUCAAGGAAUGCCAGCUGCAGGGGAAUCAGCCAGGUACUUUAGAGCUGAAGGCAUUAGGGUGAGCACUUAGGGAUGUGUGAGGCUUUGUGGAGUUUGUGAAGUCACUUUCAGGCUGAGUGAGGCCUUGUGGAGUUUGUGAAGUCACUUUCAGGCAGAGUGAGGCCUUGUGGAGUUUGUGAAGUCACUUUCAGGCUGAGUGAGGCCUUGUGGAGUUUGUGAAGUCACUUUCAGGCUGUCUUCUUUACAACAUUUUAAGUCAUAUUUCUGCCUUCUCAAAAUGGAUCAAUCGUUCACUUUUCCUGGCAUUAAAAGUGGGGAGCUCUAUUCCUUUUGUGCAUUUAUUCCUUUGAUGGUUAUAGCAGGAAUCGUUGAGUUGUGAAGGAAUUGUCUUUGGUGACUUCUCACUGGUGUUCUGUCAUCUUCAGUGAAUUUUGGUUGAUGAAGGAAGCCUGCAGUUGCCAAAUUGUAAAUGCUCCUAACCUUCCACUUCGAGAAAAAGACCACAGGAGAAUCAUUUUUCCCCAAGUUAAGUUUGGCGAGCAGUUGUGUAGGAAGGACUCCUUAGAUUCAUGAUUCUAGUAAAGUGUUGUCAGUGUUAGGGUAAUGAGAUUGGAAAGGAAGAAAUUACUUUCUAACUGUAUGAGCACCUCUCUGUACCAAAUGUUUUUACCAUCACUUGUGUGAGGCACAGGAUUGGUAUUCUGUUCAGCAUCAUUCCUGUCUAUAUAAUAGAAAAACACAUUCAAAAUUGUUUUCACUGGCUGGCCUGCUCAGUAGCCAGUGGAAGUUUCCCUGGAUGAAUAUUUCUAUUUUUAUUCACUAAUCAUUUUAUAUUUUCUAGUUUUUGGUUUUUUUUUUUUAAGUUUUCAUAGUGUUAUACAAUCAGGCGAAGGAAGCCCAGUGGAAUUACUAUAUUUCAUUGCUUUGGCUUGUACUUGGAGUUUUGUCAAAGGAAAAAAAAAAAUGUCAAAUAAUGGCUCUAGAUGUAGAUUUACUGCAGAAAGUAGUUACUGAAAACUUUAUUCCAGAUUGGAAAGAAUGUAUGGAGAGAGACUGUCUGUAACUGUUAUGGGGAACAUACACUUGUGGGUGCAGUCUCCUCAUAUAACCUGUCAUGAGGCUUUGGGCAGCGGCCAUGUUGGGUUUCCUUUCUUUGGGGUAAAUGUAAGUGCUGAUGGGCAUUGGCUUUUGUCUGGCUGUCCUGGGGGAGGAGGAGGAGGACUUCUCCAGAAGUAGCUGCAGGCUCCAGCCAUCAGGAUAUUUAAUAGCACUUCACAUCGGGGGCUCUCUUUUACUCCCUGCUAUCUCUUCUCAAAGUAUUACAAAUAAGCUCAGUUGUCCCAUUUUGGGAAUUCAAGUUUGCUACAUUUUUAGCCUGACAAUACUGGUAAGUAUUUCCUUACUGGGAAUCCUGGAAACUCCUGAAAUUUCAGCGUGAAUUGAGAUGUUUAUACAGUAAUGAAUGGUAACAGUAAUGUUCGUUACUCUCUGCUUUGCGCUGUGUCAGAGUACUUUUCACCCUGUUUUAAGUGUGAGUACACCUCAUUCAUUUGUGUUCUUGCUAAUGGCAUACAAAGACAGCAUCCUUUGUGACAGUUAACUUACAAGGUGGCUGUCCCCCUGUUUUUCUGGGCUCAAUUUUUAAACUGCAGACUACUUGGUACUGUGUGAUGCAGUAUGAAAGAAACAAGAGCUUUCUUCCUUGAAAAUACUUGUUGGGAUACUGUUUACCUCAGAGAGGUGUCCUCCACAAACCCCUACCCGUGUGCCAGAUAUGGGAUACCUUUAAAAACAUGUAUCUCGGGAAUUUCAGGUGCAGCUCUGCGGAACUUUCUUGACGUGCUGGAUGGCUCCUCAUGUUGCUUGCUCCAUUACUUAGAGUGUCAGUGCUGCCUGGUAGGCAUUUCACUUCCCAUGGCUUUUCCAGGACUGUGUAGGAUUGAAAAUACUGUGUGUGGCGUGCUUUCAGAUGCUGUGGUCUCACCCCAUAGGUACUACAAGAAAGCCUUCCCGGUGUUCCACUGACUCCUCCCACAGCCAUUUCAGUAUCCUCAAUAUGAUUAUAUAAUUUUUUCUGUUUCCCUGUGGUUGGGUCAACUGUUUGGUUCUCAUGGAAACACACAUGUCCUUGUGCAUAGAUAAUAACUAUGUAGUCGUGUGUGAUUCUGCCUUCCUUAAUUAUUUUCUGGGCAAAUGGCUUUAAAGAAAUAUUUGAGCGGUGCACACAAGAUCGAGCAGUUACCAUGAGGGGUUUGUCAGUGGAGGAGACUUACCUAAUUCUUAACUCAUCCCCUCGAGCCAGCCGAAGGCAGGGAGGAGUUGAGGACACACUGCUCUCAUCUUCCAAUGUUUUAUCAUGUUCGAGCUUUUGUUUUUGUUUUAUAUGUAGAGAUAGCUGAAUAUCUAUCAUUUAAAUAUGUAAAUGACCCCUCCCCUUUCCUUUUGUAAAUAAGGGAACUAAGCAAUCAAACACCUUUUGGAGAUCCUAGCUUGAGGAUUUUAUCAACAAUUUCAAACAGAAAUGUAAAAAUAAACCCCUCGUAGGAAAACUUGCAUCCUGAUUUUUGUUUGUUGCAGUUGGAAGUGUAAAUAAUAAGAUGAUGUAAGACCUUUCUAAGGUCUAAUAUUAACUGCGCUGUAGCAAGUUGCCCCAUUUUUUAUUAGGUUUUGAAAUUUUUAAUUUUCUUUCCUAAAUGUACAGUAGAGUACUGUCUGUGUAAAUGUUAACUGUAGUGGGGAUUUGUCCAGCAAGCCUGAAAUUUAUACUUUGAAAUAAAUGACUGGGUUUUUAACA